CCAAGGAUUGUGUAGUGCUGCUCCGAUAGGCGGCGCUGUACAGCCAUGGGUUAAUGACCCCGACGGCCAUGUUGUUGUAGCAGCCGCUGCCAAGAUGCGUUCCUGUCGCGCGAUGGUUGUCUUGUAAGAAAGGCGGGCUGGAGGACAGCGGGGACGCCUUCUGGGGUGUAGAAAACCCAGGGAUGGUUGGAGGCAGCCUGCCGCCUAGCUCAUCUAGUUCAUGCGCAGACCCAACGCAGUACAGCUCCACCAAGGCAAGCAACAUGUUUGACGGUAUGGAGGCAGACAGCCAGAUGGACAUGGACCGGAUGGACCAGUCUGACACAGACAGCCGCAAAAAUGUCAGUCGACAGAACCACAGUGAGAUCGAGAAACGGCGGCGAGACAAGAUGAACAGUUACAUCAUGGAGCUAUCGGCUAUGAUCCCCAUGUGCAAUGCCAUGUCCCGCAAGCUGGACAAGCUGACCGUCCUGCGCAUGGCUGUCCAGCACAUGAAGACACUCCGAGCAACUGCAAAUCCUUUCACUGAGGGUAACUUCAAGCCUUCCUUCCUGUCUGAAGAUGAGCUCAAACAUCUUAUUCUAGAGGCAGCAGAUGGUUUCCUGUUUGUUGUGAGCUGUGACCGUGGGCGGAUCUUGUAUGUGUCCGAGUCGGUAGCCCGAGUGCUGAACUACAACCAGAGAGACCUGAUGGGUCAGAGCUGGUUUGAUAUUCUUCAUCCAAAGGAUGUGGCCAAGGUCAAAGAACAGCUUCUGUCCUCCGACAUGUCCCCCAGGGAGAGACUCAUCGAUGCAAAAACUGGUCUGCCAGUGAAGGCAGACGUUCCACCGAUGCCAUCGUGCCUGUGUUCGGGGGCACGGCGGUCGUUUUUCUGUCGCAUGAAAACAGGGAGAGUGGUGAAGGAGGAGAAAUAUAGCCCUGAUAGUGUCACGCCCUGCUCCAGAAAAAAAGAGCGUAAGCACUAUUUGGUGAUCCACUGUACGGGCUACCUGAAAAGCUGGCAGCCCUCCAAGAUGGGGAUCGAGGAGGAUAACGAGGCGGAUAACGAGGGAUGUAACCUGAGCUGUCUGGUAGCAGUAGGGCGCACGCAGGCCGUGGCUAACCCAGGCAUCGACAGCGCCAAUAUCAAUGUCAAACCUCUGGAGUUCGUGUCCAGACUGACAAUUGAUCACAAGUUCACCUUCGUAGACCAGAGAGCCACCACCAUCCUGGGUUACCUGCCUCAGGAGCUGCUGGGAACCUCCAGCUAUGAGUAUUACUACUAUGAAGACCUGCCACAUCUAGCAGAGAGCCAUAAAGCAGUUCUGACGACAAAAGACAAGAUCCUGACCUGCGUGUAUCGCUUCCGCGUGAAGGACGGUCGCUUCAUCAGCUUGCGGACAAAAUGCUUCAGCUUUCGCAACCCCUGGACCAAGGAGGUCGAAUACAUCGUCAACACCAACACUGUGGUCGCUCCAAAUGGAGGGAACACUCCAGUGUCAGCUACCCCUGCCACGCUGGCCAACCUGGACUCUCUCUACCACUACCCUAUGGAAGCUGGAAAGCAGAAGGUUCCCUCUGUGCCGGGGGUGCCAGGAGGGACCCGGCCAGGCGCCGGCAAGAUCGGCAGGCAGAUCGCCGAGGAGAUAAUAGAAAUGCACAGAAGCCGAGCCUCCCCCUCCAGCCACGGAGGCACCCCCAGCCCCAUGGGUCUGGACCCUGGACAGAACGGGGGCUCUCCACACACUCCUAUGAUGACCUCACCUGGCAAGGUGAUACGGGGCAGUCCAGGCACCCCUAACCUAGUGGCAUCUCCCGGUAUGAGUCAGCCAUCCACCAGCCAGGCAUCAGAAGGACAGGCACCCAGCCUUUCUCCAGGUCACCAGGAGGCGGAUGCUGCGGCCCCUGCUGUCCCGCGCACACACCCCAACGGCCUGGUCAUCCCGCCCACGCUGGCCACCAGCCUGCCCGACAUCUCCAUCACCGCCAGCGACCACGGAUUCCCUCCGGAACUCGACCCCGCCAACCUGGGUGGGCCUGAGAACGACGAGGCAGCCAUGGCGGUCAUCAUGAGCCUGCUGGAGGCAGACGCCGGGCUGGGCGGACCGGUGGAUUUUAGCGACAUCCCGUGGCCGCUGUGACGAAGACAUCGUGGUUAAAAGCCAUAUGAAACUUUGGAAAGUGGAGCUCUGUCAGGACUUGCUUGAUGAUGCAGUGUCAACUUCAGAAUGGAAAACUUUUAUCUUCCAGGAUGAAUAAGAAAGGAAUUAUGAAAGACACACAAAAAAUCAUGACGAUUUGUAGAAAUUUUUAUACUGAAAGAGAAAUAUACAACAAAAUAAGAUAUAGAACUUCCAAAUUGUUAUGCGCGACAGAGUAUCUAACUUUUAGAAUAAAUGGAUGGAGAUAUACAUAUCUUAAAGCGGAUUAAGAACGAAAAGGAUCCAUUCUGCUAAAGGAAUGAAAGUGGUACCAUCAAAGGUAAUGUUGAUAAUUAUCAUGGCCCAACAUACAUGACAUUGUACAUUUUUAGAUUCUUUCACAGUUUACUAUAGGGAGUAUGGUAUAAAAAAAUCAGUGAUAUUUUAUCAGAUAUUAUGCAGUAGUGAGGAUAGCUAAUUUAAAAGCUUCAUCAUGUACAGGUACAAUGCCCAACAGUGUAAUACAUUACAGUAUCUUGUAUAUUAGGCUAAUUUAAAGUAAAUUUGCUACUUUGACCUUCAUCAGCCAUACAGCUUGCACUGUAAAAACUGCUGUCGUAAAGGCCGUCGUCUGGAUUUAAUUUAUUCACAAGGAAGUCGUGAAGUUGUUUGUGUUGGUUUUUCUUCAAUGUUGAAACACAACUGAUUUUAUCCUAUCAAGCUUCAACAAGUUGACUUGACAAAGAUAUGAUUUUAAACAGUAAGAAGGAGUUGCAGGGUACAAAUAUGAAAGACAUAAGGAGAAGCUCAGACCUAGACAGGAUGUGUGGUUCAUCUGACACUGGCUAGACCUGUACAAAUCCUAAAUAUUUAUUCUGAUAAAGCACAAUUUUCGCAACCACAAGCUUGUUUCUGGGCCUGUAUUUUGGGCUUCAUUGGCAAUUGAGUCUUGGUGCAUGGUUUUUAUGAUCAUUGUCAUUUGGUCAUUGUUCAGGUACUUCAGCUAUUGAAAUAGAUUGUAGAUAUCAGUAUUCACUUGUAAUUAUAGAUACAAGUCCUUCCAAGAAUUUGGGAUCAAAUUACAUGUAAUGUAAUAUGGCAUCAGCAGGUAUGGAGCAUGUAAAAUACCAGCAUGUUGAUUUUAAGAGAUGAGCUCAACUAAAAUGGUCGGGUGUACAUGUUAAGAAAUGCUGUGGUGGAUGAUUUUGAAGAGACUCAUUUAAACAUUCAACACUAAAAAAUCAUAGAAGCAAUCACAAAUGUGACAUGUUUUACGUAAUUGACAGAUAUGCUAGACUAAGAACUUGACUGAAACACUUAGACUCUGAGGUGUGGGUUUAGACCAGUAGGGUGGCAUGUCAUUAACUUAAGAAGAGAUACAAAUGUAGGUGUUAAGAUAAAAAUUGUGCCAUCUGCAGAAGCAUUUCAGAGUCUUCAGACAGAUUGUUUUGUGCAAAUGUGUUUAUGUAUGGAAAAUUUAAACAAAUGUGAAUAGUAUAUAAUUGUUGUAAAUUGUUGAAAUUGUAUUAUUUGUAUCAAGUUUAUGCAUGAUUUUGAUGUUGAAUGAUAGUGACAUUUUUUUUCCUUUUUUCAUAUUGAAAAAGACCAUGUGGUUAUGGGUUUUUCAGGGUUUGUCCAGUCAUGAUUUGAAUGAGUAAUUCUAGAUUUUCACCAGAGAUUCUUGUCUAUCACAUUCUCUCAUGCAGAGGGUCCAACGUCGUUGCCCAGGCGUUUUGCGAUGAUAUCACUGCCAUAUAUUUGUACACUGCACAAGUUUCCAUGUACAUGUUACAGGAUGAAACAUUUUGUUAGGUUCCCACACUUAACGUAUAUACUCAAGACCAAUGAAUUGUGAAUUGUUGAUAUUAAGCUCUACGCAUGUACACGAGGACCUGGUGUGUAGAGUCUAUCUGGCAGAGGAUCCAGCAAACAUUAGCUGUAAUAGAGAGGUCUUUGUCCCAUUUGUCCCUCAGGUGCUGUAGGUCCAUGAGCUCCCUGGGGUACUCUAGGGAAGAUAGUUUAACUGUCUAAAAACCAUGGAGGUGAAAUAUAUUGAUGGUGCUUGGGGAAAUUGCAGAGGAAGGUAGCAUCUGGUGCAUUCAUAAGUUGCACACACAGCAAGAAAUAUUUUAGUAGAAUCAAAAUUGUACAAAGUUUAUUGCGUAUGAAAGAAGAUGGGUUGCCAUAUUUUGAUUGUAAGAGUAACAACAGAUCUAGAGGGUAUGUGAAAAUUUUAUAGUUCUUAGAGAGUGUAUAUGUACAGUUUAUGUCGAAAUAUUGUUCAAUAUUUGUGUACUAACAAUAAGAUGAUGAAAUUGUGGAUGGUAAUGUUUUCCUUAGAGAAUAAAUCUGUGGAUGGUA